AUGGUUUCAGAGAAGAUUUGCUCAGAACCAAACAACAUCAAACUAGGAAUAUCCAGGCUCCUGGCAGUGCCAUCAGCAUGCUGCAACCAGCAGCCACUCAUGGACUUGCUCCAAGCUCUGUCGAUUCCACUGCUUACACCAAGCUUUGAGCAGCAGGCCACCUGGGAGCUACAACAGUACCGGCCAGUGCACCCUGGAGCACUCGAUGCUGCUGUCCUUGUGUUAUCGGCCAGCAGCAGCCCAUCUUCAUCCCAGGCUGGAUGUAAAUUCUGCGACGAGAUCAACGAAGGCACGAAACGGAGCAAGACCGGCGCCAUGGAUUCUAAAGUCUACAAGUCAAACCCGAAUCCAAAGGCUUCGGCGAAUCCCAUUUCCAAGCUCUUCGUUUGGUGGAUGCGGAAAAUUGUAUGGAAACGAAACCUGACGGAAGACGAUCUGUUCGACAGACUGGACAGGGAUGCCACAGAUAAACUGGGAGACAGGUUGCAAAAGUCGUGGGACGAGGAACUCAUCCGUGCUAAGGAGAAGGGCACAAAACCCAGUUUAGCGAGAGCGAUUUUUCGAACCUUCUGGUUACGUUAUUUCAUUUACGGCGUAUUUGAUCUGUUUGACCAGUUAAUCCUGAGGUAA